AUGGUAAUGAGUGUGAUCGCGCCGAAUUCCACUAAGAAGGAGCUUUAUAGACCGUUCUUUCCUACGAGACACGGUAGAACGCCAAGCUCAAGGCCGAAUUCUAUUUCAUCCAAUCAUCGUUUUUCUAUCUUCUCCAAAGCCAUCCAGACUACCACAGCCGCAGACCGUCUAAUCACGCGGCUGGUCAACAACAAAAGCACCACUACAACCAUCAAAAUAACUUUCAAUGACUGCCUAGUGACUGCCAUUCACAUAAUGAUAUCGGUCACUUCAACACAUUGUGCCCUUAUCACUCCAUAA